UGCUCCAAACACGCCUUAGCGAUAUCAUUCCAAAUAGAAUUGUUAAGCCUUUCGAUACCUCAGUUGUAUGCUCCAACUUCCUCUGUGGUCAUGGCUACAACUCUGCCAUGGCGGCAUCCACCGCCUCCGUUGCGCCUGCACAGGCGCCCAAUCCCCUUUCAUAACGCAGUCACUGUGCGUGCCUUCCAGCGCAGCGACUUCGACAGGUUCGCUAGGGAUGCCUGGCGCACUGCUAACGAUGGCUUUGAGCAGCUGAUAUUUGAGACCAAGAAGACCGCAGAGCGUAUUGACCGCAGAUACUCCGUCUCCCGCCGUCUUAAUUCUGUCGCCCAAUCUGCCGCUGACCGCUUCCGUGAGAUUGAUAGAGAGCUGGAGAUUCGUGUUCGGUGGCGCACAUUUUCCAUGGAUUUUGUUAGAAAUUGGCCUAGGUACAGGAGGCAGCUUAAUAAUUUUCUGGAUACACCAUUGGGAAGAAGUUUUGCUACUAUUUUCUUCCUCUGGUUUGCAUUAUCUGGGUGGCUGUUUCGCUCCUUGAUAUUUGCUACAUGGGUUCUGCCAUUUGCUGCACCUCUUCUCAUUGGGACCGUGGCAAAUAAUCUUGUUAUUAAGGGGGCUUGUCCAGCAUGUAAGAGGCAGUUUGUUGGUUACAAAAACCAAGUAAUUCGAUGUGCUAGCUGUGGUAACAUUGUGUGGCAGCCAGAAGGAGACUUCUUUUCAAGAGGUGGUAGAGGUAGAGGGACCUCUCCAUCGAAAUCUGAUGGUGAUAUAAUUGAUGUUGAGUUUGAGGAGAAAUAACCCUAGAUGCUUGGUUGAAAGUGAUGGUUCACUUCAUGCAGACUCUGCAUGGCAUGCGAAUACUAAAGUAGAUUAUUAUUAUUAUUAUUUUCUUUUUGGGUUGGGGAUUCCAUGCAUGUGAUGUUUAGACCUAAAGCUUCGUUGUUCAAGUUAGUUUUCUCAUCUUCCAAGUGCUCCUCUAGGAAUAGUUGAAUUAUUUCAGCUUGUACACUAUCUUUAUUCCACCCGGUUGAGAGAGACUUUGGAAAUGUACAAUACCCUUGUUCAUAGAUCAUUACAGAAUAAUCUUUUUCUCACGGUACAAUGUGUGGCAAAAAUUAGCUAGGAGCAAUUUUUCGUGAUCAACAUGCUGUGUCUCGAGGGAGUAAACCAUGGACGUUCAUUCAUUGUAUGCUAGUAUCUGUAUGACAUUAAGGUCCAUUUAUUUUUUGGGUUCCUCUAAAUGAUAUACUUAUUUUACUUUGAGAAAGCAUUAUACAA